AUGGACACCGAAAUACGGCUAGGUUCGCUCUCUUUACAGACACUCCCGCAAACGACGCCUAGCGCACUAUCUCUACCAGAAGUCCUGUCAUGUAUCUUCAGCUUUCUCAAGCACAACCGCAAGACUUUGCGGUCGGCGGCGUGUGUCAGUCAGGUUUGGUUUGACGAAGCGACUCGACUUCUCUGGGACAGAUCAAAUACGAACGCCUUGACAGCUGUCGAAGCCUCACGUCGUAUCAUAUACGCUCCCAAAAUCCGCGAAUUUACGCUCCGAGCUGUCCUUGAUCAUCCCAAUUCCAACCUUGACUUUCGACUGCUGCGGAUUUUACACUUUGAUCACUUUCCUGAAUCUCAAGAUGUAAAUGCUAGCCAAUUCCUGCAACCAGCAUUGGAAGAGGUUUACUUCAGGGGCUGGCCACAUACCAUCUUGUUGCAAGAACUCAACACUCGUUGUCCAAAUCUUCGGUCGAUGGUUCAAACAAAGCCAUCCUUCAAGGAGAAACACAAAUUUAUCGAGUUCCUGGCCUCAAACCAGUCGUUACAACGCGUGCAGCUCACGCUGAUUCCUCUGGACAAAGACAGGAUGCUUGCAGCAUUCUUAGCUCUCAGCCGUCUUCCCAAGCUUGAAGAUCUUACAGUGCUCGGUGAGACUUACAACGGCACACUGGCACGGUUGCAACGAUUGCUCAGCGAUAGCGAUUCCAAAGCUUCAUGCUCAAAGCCUUUUUUCGAUUCGAUUCGUAGAGUAAAACUUACGACCGGUGUCCCAGCUUUAUCGUUGCUGAGCUCGACAUUCAGCGCGAUGACCACUAUAUCCCUCGUCGUUCACAUGAGGACCGAGGGUCAAUCACUCGAAGCGCUUGCGAGGCUACCACUAGAAAACCUUGAGCUCUCCCUUGGUAUCGGUGUCAGACUAUGGUCACAUGAGCUGUUAUUCUUGCGCAAUGCGAAGAAUUUGAAACGUCUGAUCAUCAAACCCGAGCCUUUCAACCCCAGAGGAAGAAUGUCAACAUUCCAGUGUUCAAGCACUCACUUCGAGCAAAUAUUUGAGAAGCUAUCAGCCUUGGAUACACUGCUGAUCUGGUUCACUCUGGACAUGUCUAAUUCAUACACGGCUUUGAAGAAGCUUGGCCGGUCUUGUCCAAAGCUCGAAAACAUGCGUCUGUACAUGCCCAUUGAUCUGAUGGCCUGGUUGCACGUACCCGACCCGCUAUUCCCAAGCCUCAAAUUCGCUUGGGUCUCUACUGUUAGCGAUUCGAACGGCUUUGGUAACACCAACGACUCGAAUGCCGAGCUCAUGGCACAGAUUUUGAACCGGCACGCACCAAAAUUGGAUAGAUUCGUGGCUCUAAACAGUUAUGACUUCCGUCCGACAAAUGCCGACCCAUUGUCUUCGUUGGUGAUGCGUUGGCAUGGUAGGAUCAAAGAGACCGGACAAACACGUCACGCUAGAGAGGAAACACGUGGUACGGUCAAUCGUUGA